UUUCCUGUCAUUUCUCAGUUGUAAACAAAUUGCCAAUUUUUCUCUUUCUUGCGGCCACCACCAUCAUGGCAAUUUUUAAUAAAAUUCAAAUUGCAAUUGGCUUCCUGUCCCUACUCCACGCAGCAUAUUCUGCCGCCCAACACCGGUCAUAUCUUCGGAUCACGGAACAGGAAUUCACCCAGCUACCGAUCGAUAUAAUAUUUCAAGCGAUUGCCAGUUUGGUUUUUAUCAUCUACAACAUACUGCAAGUUGUGGGCGAUUUCAAGGAAAUCCGUGCUGCCGUCGAUUUACAGGCCAAAUCAUGGGAAACUCUGUCGAACAUUCCUUCGUUUUACACCUUCAAUCACCGCGGCAAGGCCCUCUCUCCGGUUUACGAGCAACCGAACCCCGAUGCGUAUGACCGCCCUUACACAUCAGAGUCCUAUCUGGAUUAGUUUU